AUGGAGCUUAUUUCGGGUCUACCCGAAGAUGUAGCCCGAGACUGUCUAAUUCGGGUUUCAUACCAACAGUUUCCGGCGGUGGCUUCGGUUUGUAAAGGGUGGAAGACAGAGAUACAUAUGCCGGAGUAUCACCGUCAACGGCGGAGAACCGGACAUGCUCAAAGGGUUUUAGUUAUGGUUCAAGCACGUGUUGAACCGGAAAAAACUGAAACCGGUUCGGCCAAAAGACUAAAAAACCCGAUUUACCGGCUUAGUGUAUUUGAACCGGAAAGUUGUAGCUGGAGUGAGUUACCGGCACCACCCGGUUAUAGUUCAGGGUUACCGGUGAUGUGUCAGUUAGCAUGUGUUGGUUAUGAUCUUGUCGUGUUGGGUGGGUUAGAUCCGGAAACAUGGAAAGCAUCGAAUAAUGUUUUUGUUUAUAAUUUCCUGUCGGCGAAGUGGCGUUGUGGGACCCACAUGCCAGGUGGAGCUAGAACGUUUUUCGGUUGUUCGUCGGAUGGUCGCCGGAAUGUUUUUGUCGCCGGUGGUCAUGAUGAUGAGAAGAACGCGUUGAAGUCGGCGUUGAUUUAUGAUGUUGCGGCGGAUGAGUGGGUUGAGCUGCCGGAGAUGUCGUCGGAGCGUGAUGAGUGUAAGGCGGUGUUCCGGCAAGGGAGGUUCGUUGUCGUCGGUGGUUAUAGAACGGAGAAUCAAGGGAGAUUUGAAAGAAGCGCGGAAGCGUUUGAUUUUGUGACGUGGAGGUGGGGCCAGGUUGAGGAGGAGUUCUUGGAUUGUGCCACGUGUCCUAUGACUUUGGUGGACGGUGGUGAUGGUGGGGAGAGUGUUUAUAUGUGUCGCGGCGGGGAGUUGGUUACGAUGAGGAGUCACACGUGGCAGAAGAUGGGGAGGGUUCCGGAUGAGAUUUGCAACGUGGCGUAUGUUGGAGCGUUUGAUGGGGUUGUGGUUGUGAUCGGAUCAAGUGGAUAUGGGGAAGUGCAUAUGGGGUAUGUUUUUGAUGUGAGGAGGUGUAAUUGGAGAAAAUUGGAUUGUCCAGAUGGGUUUAAGGGUCAUGUCCAAACCGGUUGUGUUUUGGAAAUUUAG